UUUUAUUAAUUUUUUUUUUUUUUUAAGAGACAGGGCCUGGCUCUGUGGCCCAGGCUGGAGUACAGCGACAGGAUCCUGUAAUAGUUUACUAUAAUCUCGUUAUUGAGUUCAAGAGAUCCGGCCGCCUCAGCCUCCCAAAGCGCUGGGAUUACAAGAGUGAACCACCACGUUCUGCCAAACCCGUCCUACAGGGUAAUCCUAGAACAGCCUGGGCACUAAACGCCCAUGCCCCACGUGCCCUAGCCUGGGUGGUAGCUACAGGACGGCCCCUUGUGUGACGUCACAGCCCCGACCCGCAAGCGUCACAGCACCGCAGGCAUUCCCGGCGCGGCGCCUCUACACAGCACAGAGAAGCGCGAGGUCGGGGGACGCACUCGGAGCACGAUGGGCGACUGGAAGGGCUACAUCAGUGCAGUGCUGCAGGACCAGCGCAUCGACGACGUGGCCAUCGUGGGCCACGCGGACAACCGCUGCGUGUGGGCUUCGCGGCCCGGGGGCCUGCUGGCUGCCAUCUCGCCGCAGGAGGUGGGCGUGCUCACCGGGCCCGACCGGCGCACCUUCCUGCAGGCGGGUCUGAGCGUGGGGGGCCGCCGCUGCUGCGUCAUCCGCGACCACCUGCUGGCCGAGGGCGACGGCGUGCUGGACGCGCGCACCAAGGGGCUGGACGCGCGCGCCGUGUGCGUAGGCCACGCGCCGCGCGCGCUCCUGGUGCUCAUGGGCCGACGCGGCGUCCACGGGGGCAUCCUCAACAAGACGGCGCACGAGCUCAUCCGCGGGCUGCGCAUGCAGGGCGCCUAGCCUGACAGCCCAGGCCGCCCACGGGUAGCCCGGUAGCGCUGGCCAAAUAAACUGUGACCUGGGUGUG